AUGAAGUUCCCCCCAUUCCUCCCGCGUCGCACCCCCCAAUCCGCGUCUCCCUCCUCUCGUCCUCUCUCCCCUCUGUCGUCCGCUCUCAUUCCCUUCCUCCCCGCUCUCAUCCCCUUCCUCCCCGCUCUCAUCCCUUCCUCCCCGCUCUCAUCCCUUCCUCCCCGCUCUCAUCCCUUCCUCCCCGCUCUCAUCCCUUCCUCCCCGCUCUCAUCCCUUCCUCCCCGCUCUCAUCCCUUCCUCCCCGCUCUCAUCCCUUCCUCCCCGCUCUCAUCCCUUCCUCCCCGCUCUCAUCCCUUCCUCCCCGCUCUCAUCCCUUCCUCCCCGCUCUCAUCCCCUUCCUCCCCGCUCUCAUCCCUUCCUCCCCGCUCUCAUCCCUUCCUCCCCGCUCUCAUCCCUUCCUCCCCGCUCUCAUCCCCUUCCUCCCCGCUCUCAUCCCUUCCUCCCCGCUCUCAUCCCUUCCUCCCCGCUCUCAUCCCUUCCUCCCCGCUCUCAUCCGUUCCACUCUCAUCGUUUUCGGUACUUCCUUGCGAGCUCGAGUCUCAAACAGAUGCGUCUCAAACGAUUGCGACACCUCAAUAUUGCGUACGGGAGAUUCUGCCAAAGAGGCCCCAACAGGAUCCAGCAGGGCGUCAAGAAACGCUCGUUGGCAGCAGUCCUAGCAGCUCACAAGGAUCCAGAGCCAGCCACGCCGCAUUGUCCACAUUUUCCCGGCUACAUGGAGGCAGUAGCGCACCAUUGCCUCACCGCGCGUGCUCCACCACUCGCAUUAACGCCCCCUGUGCCGCUGGGGUCGCAGUGGCUUCUGAGUUGACUCAAAAGUCCACCACUCUCACCAACGCCCCCUGUGCCGCUGGGACCCACACGGAGGGGAGGGGGGCGACCCACGUGCAGGCGAGGGAGAGAGGGGAGGUGGAUGAGGUGGAGAAGGAGGAAGAGGAGGGCGUGGGGGAGGGAACGGAGGAGGAAGUGGAGGAGGGGGAGGUUGAGGAGGAAGGGGGCGAGAGGGAGAUCUUGGCCAAUCGGAGGGGUUGA